AUGAGCGAGAAACACGACAUCCCCGACAAUGCGUCACUGACACCAUCACAAGCUGCCGGCAAGUCAUUCGCCACCCACGUCCAGCCCAACGAACACCUCGAAAAGAGAUACAGUCCCUUAUCUGUUCUCGCAUUCGCCUUCACCACCACCAACUCAUGGAUGGCCUUUGCCUCUGGCAUCGCAGUGCCCUUGGCCUGCGGCGGAGGACCCUCAAUUAUAUAUGGCUUGAUCAUCGGCGGAAUCGUCAUGGCUACAAUUAAUAUUGGCUUCGCAGAGCUGGCUUCGGCAUUCCCUUCGGCUGGUGGACAGUAUCACAUCGUCUUCAUGGCAUUCCCAGCCUCGACGCGUCGUGCUGCUGCUUUUUAUACUGGUUGGAUUUCCAUCAUCUAUCUCAUGGCAGCGACUGCGUCUUGCAAUUUCUUCGCUGCGAGUUCAGUGCUUGAUCUUGCCCAGCUCUGGAAUCCUUCGUACACAAUUCAAGCCUGGCAUACAUACUUGAUGCAUAUUUUACUGUGCAUCGUUGCAUUCAUCGCCACCUCACGUUUCCCCGCUGCCAUCGGUCGUUUGACUACCACCAUCUUCUGGCUGUCGCUAGUCGGCUUCAUUGCCUCAAUGGUGACCCUCCUCGCGGUCAGCGAUCGUAAGCAAUCUGCCGAAACUGUCUUCAAAGAGUACAAGAACGUCAGCGGAUGGGGCGAUGGCUGGGCCAUGGUCAUCUCCAUCACUUCUUGCUUGUGGGCAUAUUCUGGAGUGGAUGGGCCUACGCAUCUGGCUGAAGAGGUCCCAAAUCCCAGUAAAAAUGUCCCGCGAGCUAUCUUUUUGACGAUUGGGCUUGGUAUCACGACUGUCGUCGCAUGGACUAUUGCUCUGAUGUUCUCUAUCAAAGAUGUCGAUGCGAUCAUUGAGUCCACCGUGCCUAUUCUCGAGGUUUACAACCAGGCUCUGAACAAUCGCGUUGCGACCACCAUAUGGACCGUUUACUACAUUAUCAUGUUCUACGACAUUGUCCUGAACCUAUUCAUCUUCUCUGGGCGAACUAUUUGGUCCUUCUCUCGCGACGGUGGCGUCCCUUUCUCCGGAUUCUUGUCCCAUCUCAAGUGUGCAAGCCCUGUCCGAGCUACCGCUGUGAUGCUUGGUCUGCAGGUCAUCAUUGGCGUUCUAUACGUGGCUUCGAGUACAGCCUACAACAGCUUCAUCGGUCUCACGCUAUUUGCUCUCAACAUCACAGUUGCUCUACCUCAAGCAGCUCUGCUCGUCCGCGGUCGCAGCUGUCUUCCUGAACGAGCCUUCUCUUUGGGCAAGGCCGGUUAUGCAGUCAACGCUGUCGCUACGCUGUUUGUGGCUUUUUUCUCUGUUAGCUUCUGCUUCCCUUCUUUCAUGCCGGUAAGUGCAUCGUCCAUGAACUAUUUGAUCGUGGUCAUGGCGGUCGGUCUUGUCUUCACGACUGGUCUCUGGUUCGGUGGUUUGCGUAAGACCUUUACAGGGCCACAGAUUAAUAUUGAUGCGGAAUAUUAG